AUGCCAUAUAACAUCGCCAUGGUCAGCGACUUCUUCUUCCCCCAGCCAGGGGGCGUGGAGAGCCACAUCUACCAGUUGUCCACCAAACUGAUCGAUCGCGGCCAUAAGGUGGUGGUCAUCACCCAUGCAUACGAAGGGCGAACAGGAGUGCGCUAUCUCACAAACGGCCUAAAGGUGUAUCAUGUCCCCUUCUUGGUCAUCUAUCGAGAGGCUACCAUGCCGACCCUCUUCUCCUUCUUCCCUAUAUUCCGAAACAUUGUCAUCCGGGAGCGAAUCCAGAUCGUGCACGGUCACGGCAGUCUGAGCAGUUUCUGCCACGAAGCCAUCUUGCAUGCCCGCACCAUGGGACUGCGUACUGUCUUUACAGAUCACUCGCUGUUCGGCUUCGCCGAUGCGGGCUCGAUCCUAACCAACAAACUCCUCAAAUUCACGCUGAGCGACGUCGACCAUGUGAUCUGUGUCAGCCAUACAUGCAAAGAAAACACCGUCCUUCGAGCAUCUCUUGAUCCUGUCAUGGUAUCCGUCAUACCGAACGCCGUGGUGGCCGAGAACUUCCAGCCCGAAUCAUACCUUCCACAGGCGCAAGACAUGGGAUACAUGCGGCCAAGGCCCAUGCCUCAUCGCCUGGGUCCUGACGACACGAUAGUGAUCGUGGUGAUCUCUCGCCUCUUCUACAACAAAGGCACAGACCUCUUGAUUGCAGCAAUCCCAAGAAUCCUUGCCACUCAUCCGAAUGUACGGUUCAUCAUUGCAGGCUCUGGUCCUAAAGCCAUAGAUUUGGAACAGAUGAUUGAACGGCAAAUGCUUCAAGAUAAGGUGGAGCUCCUUGGGCCCGUCCGCCACGAGGAGGUUCGGGAUGUCAUGGUCAGAGGACACAUAUACCUCCAUCCGAGUUUGACCGAAGCUUUUGGAACUGUGAUCGUUGAGGCGGCGAGUUGUGGACUUUAUGUUGUAUGUACCAGGGUGGGUGGAAUUCCAGAAGUCCUUCCCGCACACAUGACAACCUUUGCCAAACCUGAAGAGGACGACUUGGUAUUGGCAACCGGCAAAGCGAUUGCUGCCCUCCGCUCAGGGAGGGUUAGGACCGAGAGGUUUCAUGACCAAGUCAAGAUGAUGUACUCCUGGACCGACAUCGCGCAACGAACAGAGCGAGUAUAUGACGGCAUUACCGGCGCCAUCAGCGAACAAGAGUUUUACGGCCAAUAUCCAAGUGCAAGCUGGAAUGCAACCCGCAGCCGUUCUUACGUUCUGAUUGACCGGCUGAAACGAUACUACGGCUGUGGUAUCUGGGCAGGCAAGCUCUUCUGCCUGUGCGUCAUUCUCGACUAUUUGAUUUUUCUCUUUCUGGAAGUCUGGGCUCCCAGGGCAUCUAUUGAUAUUGCCCGAGAUUGGCCACGCAAGCCUUUCAUCAACGACAAGAACAAGCCGGUGGAGAACGGCAUGCUCAGUCGGAGAGGCACAGAUCUUAUGGACCGCCGAAAUGGCAGCCUUGUGAUAAGAUGA